AUGAAGCAUGAGUACCGAGUACGACUCGGAUGCCAAUUUUUAGCAAGUCGCCGAGGAAGCGGUGGACAUAAGCUCGCUGAGGUGUCGGCGAUGGACCACAUGCAGGCUGCAGUCAAUGAAGCAUGCGCAGGAGUGCAGGCUGGGGAUGGCGGUCCCUUCGGAGCGGUCGUAGUUAGACAAGGAAAGAUUGUAGCGACUGGGCAUAAUAUG